UGUCACAGCCUCCUCUGCUUCCUCUGUUCGUCUCUCCCUUCACUCCACUAGAGCCGCCACCCGCUUGAGGAAGCACAACCGAGGGCGAAGCCUGCGACGGCGCUGUGCUGCUGCGUGGAGGCGACCGUGCCCCAGCCGCCGCCCCUUCAUCAUCUUCUCCGGAACUCCCCUUCACCUGCGGCGCGAAGGAAGAGAGUGCUUCCGGUCACCGGCGAGUCUGUGAGGCAAAGCCUACAUUUUUUUCACCGCUUGGUGCUAGAUUCCCUUUUUCCUUGCAUAGAGAGACGUGAUUCACCGAUUUAGUGAUGCUACAUUCGACCUAGGGUUUUUCAACCGAUUUGGUGAUGCUCGUCUCUUUCCCCUCCUGCAGAAGGGUUUCCCACAACCUGUUCGACGAAAUGCCCGCCAUUGCUGCUGUCAGCGACAGGGAUCACUUUGGCGACCUCACCGACGACCUCCUCAGCCAUGUGCUAUCCUUUCUGCCGUCGGACGACGCCCUGCAGACUUGCGUGCUCGACACCCGUUGGCGCGACCUCUGGAGGCGCACCACCAGCCUGCACUUCAAUGUUGAUGAUUGCGAACUGUUCCGGCGGUUGGUGAAGCUCAUCAUCCAACUCCGCGGAAAGUCACCUCUCGUAAAGUGCGACAUAAUUACAUGCCCUGAUGAUUAUGCGGUGUUUGGCAAGUGGCAAUACAUGAACACUAAGCUGUUGAUCGAGUUCGCUCUCAUGUGCCAAGUUAAGGAGCUCACACUCAGCACUGUGGACUUUCAUGCCAUUGAUCCACCAGUAUUCGACGUGCCUUUCAUCUCCCAUCAUUUGAAGACCAUAAACCUUCAUCGGGUUAAGCUAAAAUGCCCCGCUCUGAAUUUCUCUGGCUGCCCAAUCUUAGAGGAACUAAAGAUGCAAAAUUGUAACAUUUGUGCACGGAAGAUAUCAUCCAAAUCACUAAAGCAUCUCUGCAUCUCCGAUUCAUGUGUGAUCCCUGUGGAUUUCCGCAUUCGGAUUUUUGCCCCGGACCUUAUCUCACUGCUAGUUGCUGAUUUUUGUGGUGCGACCCCUUUCCUCGAGGACAUGCCAUUUCUAGUGACAGCCUCUGUUGGGCUUGACGAUUCAUGUUACGAUUUGUGUAGCAGUGCGCAAAGGGGUUGUGGAUUUGACUGUUGUUGUAAUAAUUAUCCUACAGAGGGGGGUGUGCUUCUCAAUGGUUUGUCCAAUGCUGUUAAUUUGGAGUUGAUUUUGACAGCUGACCCUGUAAAUUUUAUCUACAGAUGGGAUUUAGAAUGGUGCCCAAUUUUCAGCAAAUUAAAGACUCUGUUACUCAAUGAGUGGUUCACAGCUAUUGACCUAGCUUGCAUUCUGCAACACUCUCCAAUUCUUGAGAUGCUCACUCUUCAGCUUGGUAAUACGAAGAGCCUCACAAGAGCAACGGCGGCCCAAGAAACAAUAGAUCAAUCAUUCGUGUGUGCGCACCUAAAGGUUGUCAACAUUGAAUCUGAUGAGGUUCAUGAGGAAAUUCACAAAAUUGUGAAUAUCUUGAGGACUUGUGGCAUACUUCGUGAUCACAUUAGCAUCAAGGCUCGAUCAUCACCCUCAUGCUGUUUCAGUUUCCAGAAGGAUCCGCGGUCGCUGCUCCCUCCUCCUGCCGCACUGCGCCCUGCAGCUUCCACCACCGAUGAUGGCAACUAGGAUGAUCGCUCUGUCGUAAUGUAAGGGUGGUCCUGCGUGGCCUGUUAUCACUACAUUGUCAGUUCCUAUGUUUUGGUCCUUUUGCAGGAGAUCUGGUUGCGUUGGUUCAUCGGUGCGACUCACCAAAAACAGUUGCAUUCAAGUUGGUUGACGUAGUGAAACUGUCAUGGUUGGUCAGAAGACUGUUGUGUCUAUGUGUUAUCACCAGGACUGGAAAUCAGGCCAGGACUUGGCUAUGUUGAAUGCAAACCGGGUCCAGGUGGUGCCCUGUUUGACUGCAUAUGUUUCUUUUGCAAGAGAGCCUCGCUUCAUUUAAUCUUAGCAGAGAACGUCUAGAUGGUGGACACUGUCUAGGAUGAGUUGCUGGUUCAAGGAGUCAAAAACUAGUCUCUGUUAUGCAUCUUUUUUUCUUCCAAUCCAUUGCAGUGAUCAACCUUGUUUGUCCAUCGGAUCGCACCAUCCAGAAAUCCUGGCCGUCCUCCCAUCUACGCACAGGAGGGAAAGAGAG